CCUUGCCUCUCUGCCGGGUUCAUAAGCAGCUCUGUCUGGACAUUUAAAAGCUUAUUCUUUUAUUUUUUAUUAUUUUGCAAAUGUUGAUGAUGAAACACAGUGACUGUAGGAUGCAUCGCUUUGUAUGCCAUAUGUUCUCUUCUUAACCACAGGCCUUUCUUUCUACAUGCAAAAGGUAAAUCACUGCCUUUGAAAACCUCUAUUCAACAUCCUGUUUGAUACUGUCACUGCAGCCAUGAGCAGUCCCCUGUCACCAACAGACUAUGACAGUUUGGAGAUUCAGCAGCAAUAUAAUGAUAUCAAUAACCGAUGGGAUCUUGCAAAUGAUGAUGACUGGGACAAUGAAAACAGUUCUGCACGUCUCUUUGAAAGAUCAAGAAUCAAAGCACUAGCAGAUGAGCGAGAAGCUGUCCAAAAGAAAACCUUUACAAAAUGGGUCAAUUCCCACCUUGCUCGGGUGACCUGUAGAAUUUCUGAUCUGUAUAACGACCUGAGAGAUGGAAGGAUGCUCAUUCGACUAUUGGAAGUGCUCUCAGGGGAACAGUUGCCUAAGCCCACAAAGGGUCGCAUGCGUAUCCAUUGCCUUGAAAAUGUUGAUAAAGCACUACAGUUCUUAAAGGAACAGAAAGUACAUUUGGAGAAUAUGGGGUCGCAUGACAUUGUGGAUGGCAAUCACAGACUGACGCUAGGGCUUAUAUGGACCAUUAUUCUUCGAUUUCAGAUCCAAGAUAUUAGUGUUGCGACAGAAGACAACAAAGAAAAGAAGUCGGCUAAAGAUGCCUUAUUGCUCUGGUGUCAGAUGAAAACUGCUGGAUAUCCUAAUGUCAAUGUUCAUAAUUUCACAACAAGCUGGCGUGAUGGUCUUGCAUUUAAUGCCAUUGUACACAAGCACAGGCCAGACCUCAUUGAAUUUGACACACUGAAGAAAUCCAAUGCACAUCACAACCUGCAAAAUGCAUUUAACACUGCUGAGAGAGAGCUGGGCCUUACUAAACUUCUGGACCCUGAAGAUGUAAAUGUGGAUCAACCAGAUGAGAAGUCCAUUAUUACCUAUGUGGCGACAUUUUAUCAUUAUUUUUCUAAAAUGAAGGCUCUGGCAGUUGAGGGAAAACGUAUUGGAAAGGUACUGGAUCAUGCCAUUGAAGCGGAUCAGCUAAUUGAAAACUAUGAGCACUUGGCAUCUGAGCUUCUGCAAUGGAUUGAGCAGAUGAUCAUUACACUCAACGAUAGGAAGUUGGCCAACUCUUUAAGUGGUGUUCAAAACCAGCUGCAAGCCUUUAACACCUACCGCACAGUAGAAAAGCCUCCUAAGUUCACUGAGAAAGGGAAUUUGGAAGUUCUUCUUUUUACCAUCCAGAGCAAAAUGAGAGCAAAUAAUCAGAAAGUAUAUACUCCUAGAGAAGGAAAGCUUAUAUCGGAUAUAAACAAGUCCUGGGAACGACUGGAGAAAGCAGAGCAUGAAAGAGAACUUGCUCUGCGCAAUGAACUGAUUCGCCAGGAAAAGCUAGAACAGUUGGCAGCCAGAUUUGACCGUAAGGCAGCAAUGAGAGAAACCUGGCUCAGUGAAAACCAGCGUCUUGUAUCACAGGAUAACUUCGGCUUAGAUUUGGCUGCAGUUGAAGCUGCAGUACGAAAACAUGAAGCAAUUGAGACAGACAUCAUAGCAUAUAGUGAGCGUGUUCAAGCCGUGAAUGCAGUUGCGGAUGAAUUGGAAGCAGAGAAUUAUCAUGACAUUCGAAGGAUUUUGGCUCGCAAAUGCAAUGUGUCACGGUUAUGGGAUUACUUAAAGGAAUUGGUAGCUGCCAGACGUCAGAGGCUUCUAAUGAACCUAGAGUUGCAGAGGAUGUUUCAAGAUCUAUUGUAUCUCAUGGACUGGACAGAUGAUAUGAAGGGUCGUCUGCAAUCUGAAGAUUAUGGAAAGCAUCUCCAUGGGGUGGAAGAUUUGCUCCAAACUCAUACUCUAGUGGAGGCUGAUAUUGCUGUGCAAGCAGAACGUGUAAAAUCUGUUGGGACAGUUUCUCAGAAAUUUAUGGCAGAUGAUGAGGGUUACAAACCUUGUGAUCCCGAAUUAGUAAGAAAGAGAGUCCAGCUUUUGGAACAGCGCUAUUCAGAAUUAUGUGAGCUUUCUGCAGCACGGAGGUCAAAAUUGGAAGAGUCCCGCCGUCUCUGGAAAUUUUUCUGGGAUAUGGGUGAGGAGGAGGCCUGGAUACGGGAACAAAGUCGCCUUCUGCUAUCCGAUGACCAUGGAAAGGAUCUCACCAGCUCGUUGAGACUACUAAGCAAACAUAAUGCCUUUCGAGAUGAAAUGAGUGGACGUUAUGGGCCUUUGUGUCUAACAGUAUCUGAUGGUGAAAAAUUGAUUGCAGAGGGUCACUUCGGAGCCAGUGAGAUUAAAGAAAAGAUAGCAGAUGUCAAAGGUCAAUGGAAAGAGCUAGAAGCUCUGGCUGAAGAUAGGGAAUGUAGACUGAGAGAAGCCUACAGUUGUUAUCAGUUCCAAGCUGAUGCCAAUGAUGCUGAAGUCUGGAUUUUGGACACCUUGCGCCUGGUUUCCACAAGUGAUGUGGGCCAUGAUGAGUACUCCACACAGACAUUAAUUAAGAAACAUAAGGAUGUUGAAGAGGAGAUACUCAACCACCGACCAGCUAUUGACACUUUGCAUGAACAAGCUCGCUGUCUGCCACCAGCUUACUCUCAGUCUCCUGAGGUUGAUGGAAGACUCCCUGCUUUGGAACAGCGAUAUGAAGAACUGGUAACCCUUGCCGCCCUCCGUAAACAAGCACUUCAAGACUCCCUAGCUCUUCAUAAAAUGUUCAGUGAGGCUGAUGCUUGUAUUCUCUGGAUUGAUGAGAAAGAGCAAUGGCUUAAUGGAAUGGAGAUUCCUGAAAAGCUAGAAGACCUUGAAGUGGUUCAACAAAGGUUUGAUACACUGGAGGCAGAAAUGAAUAGCUUGGCAUCCAGGAUAGCAUCUGUGAAUGAAGUGGCUGGGCAGCUUCUCAGCACAGACCACAGAAAUGAAGAAAGUAUCCGAGACAUGCAGAAUCAGCUAAAUGCUCGUUGGAAUCAGUUCCGCCAACUGGUUGGUCAGAAGAGGAAUGCUCUUGACUCUGCCCUAGAAAUUCAAAAUUAUCACUUGGACUGUAAUGAGACAGUUUGCUGGAUGAGAGAAAAGACCAAAGUCAUAGAGUCCACACAGAGCCUGGGAAAUGACCUGGCAGGAGUUACUGCUCUUCAACGCAAACUCACUGGUAUGGAACGUGAUCUGGAGGCCAUACAAGGAAAAGUUGGGGAACUUCAUUCAGAAGCAGAGAAGCUUGCUUCAGAACACCCACCAAGAGCCUCCGCUAUUACUGGUCACUUAUCUGAGAUAGAUGAGACUUGGGAUGAAUUAAAGGAUACCAUGAAACGAAGAGAAGAAACCCUAGGGGAAGCAAGCAAGUUGCAAGGAUUUUUGCGUGACUUGGAUGACUUCCAGAGUUGGCUGUCCCGAGCUCAAACUGCCAUAGCAUCUGAGGAUGUCCCAGCUGACUUGGUCGAAGCAGAACGCUUGCUUGCACAGCAUGAAAGCAUAAAGAAUGAAAUUGCACGUUAUGGAGCAGACUACAAUGGGAUUAGAGAUGUUGGGGAGGAAGUAACUCGUGGUCAGACUGAUGCCCAGUAUAUGUUUCUGCAACAGCGACUUAAGGCUCUGGAUACUGGCUGGAAUGAGCUGGGUCAAAUGUGGGAGAAUCGACAUGAGCUGCUGUCCCAAGGUUACAGCUUCCAAGUGUUCCUUAGAGAUACUAAACAGGUGGAGGGCUUCCUAAAUAACCAGGAAUAUGUGUUAUCCCACAUAGAAAUGCCAACAACCCUUCAGGCAGCUGAAGCUGCAAUAAAACGUCAUGAGGACUUCAUGACCACCAUGGAUGCUAAUGAUGAAAAGAUCCGAGGGCUUGUGGAGUCGGGGAAGAAACUUAUCCAAGAGCAAAAUGUUAACUCUGAGAAGAUUCAGGAGAAGGUCACAUCCAUUGAAGAAAGACACAAGAAAAACAGAGCAACAGCUGUUGAAGUUUUAACUCGCCUGAAGGAUAAUCGUGACCUCCAGCACUUUCUUCAGAACUGUCAAGAACUUACUUUGUGGAUCAAUGAGAAGAUGUUGACUGCUCAAGAUGUCUCUUAUGAUGAAGCCCGUAAUCUGCACAGCAAGUGGCAAAAGCACCAAGCAUUUAUGGCUGAACUGGCAUCAAAUAAGGACUGGCUAGACAAAAUAGACGAGGAAGGGCAAGAGCUCAUUGCAGAAAAGCCAGAACUGGAACCAGUGGUGAGAGAGAAGUUGGAUGCCCUUCAUAGCCUAUGGAAUGACUUGGAAUCCACUACACAGAGUAAAGCACAAUGCCUUUUCGAUGCCAACAGGGCAGAAUUGUUCACACAAAGCUGCUCUGCGCUCGAAAGUUGGUUACAAAAUCUCCAGGGGCAACUUCAUUCAGAUGAUUAUGGGAAAGAUCUUACUAGUGUAAACAUUCUACUCAACAAGCAACAGAUGCUGGAGAAUCAGAUGGAAGUGAGGGAGAAGGAGCUGGAGGCUAUCCAGAGUCAGGCCCAAGCUUUGGGUCAGGAAGAUGCCAACAUAGUAGAAGUUGACUCUAAGCACAAGAUGGUAGAAGACAAAUUCUUGACACUGCGUGCGCCACUCAAUGAUCGAAGGAAGUUGUUGUUGGCUUCUAAGGAGGGUCACCAGUUUAACAGGGAUUUGGAAGAGAGAAUGCCGAUGGCCAUAUCUACAGAGCAUGGAAAAGAUCUUCCAACUGUACAACUUCUUAUAAAGAAAAACCAGACACUGCAAAAGGAAAUUCAAGGACACCAGCCUCGAAUUGAUGAUAUCUUGGAAAGAGAGAAAUCUAUGGUGAAGAACAGUUCUCUAGAUGCUCAGGAGAUAGGAGAGAGAUUAGAGUUGUUACGGAGCACAUGGGAAGAGCUUGGCACUGAGGCAGGAAAGAGGCAUGCACGUCUAGAGGAGUCCCAUGCAGCGCAGCAGUUUUAUGCUGAUGCAGCAGAGGCAGAAGCCUGGAUGGGAGAACAGGAACUGCACAUGAUGUCUGAGGAAAAGGCCAAGCAUGAGAUUGGUGCUCAGGCUAUGCUAAAGAAACAUCUGGUGAUGGAGCAAGCUCUUGAUGACUAUGCGGAAACCAUCCAUCAGCUGGCCAACUCCAGCAGGGAUAUGGUUUCUAGAAGCCACCCAGAGAGUGACCGCAUUACCUUGCGUCAAGGACAGGUUGAUAAGCUAUAUGCUAGUCUUAAAGACUUGGCAGAAGAGAGAAGAGGGAAGUUACAAGAACACCAAAGGCUCUGCCAGCUAAAGAGAGAUGUAGAAGACCUGGAACACUGGAUUUCAGAACGUGAAGUGGUAGCAGCUUCCCACGAGUUAGGGCAAGACUAUGAACAUGUAACAAUGCUGAGAGAUAAGUUCCGUGAAUUCUCUCGUGACACCAGUAAUAUUGGCCAGGAAAGGGUGGAUGCUGUCAACCUCAUGGCUGACGAGCUUAUUUCAUCUGGACAUUCAGAAAAUGCAACUGUUGCUGAAUGGAAAGAUGGCCUUAAUGAGGCUUGGGCUGAUCUCCUAGAAAUGAUUGAUACACGAAGCCAGAUGCUAGCCGCCUCCUAUGAGCUCCACCGCUUCUAUCAAGAUGCUCGAGAAACAUUGGGUCAGAUACAAGACAAACAUAAACUGAUUCCAGAAGAGACUGGCAGAGAUCUCAACACUGCAGAAGCUAUGCAGCGUAUGCACACAACAUUUGAACAUGACAUUCAAGCUCUUAGUGCACAAGUAAAGCAAGUUCAGGAGGAUGCUUCGCGGCUUCAGAAAGCUUAUGCAGGUGAAAAGGCUGCAGACAUCCAUAGGCAUGAACAAGCAGUGACUGAAGCCUGGGGAGAGCUGCAAGAUGCAAGCGGCGCCCGACACCAGCUCCUCCUAGACACAGUGGAGAAGUUUCGGUUCUUUAGGAUGGUUAGAGAUCUCGUGUUGUGGAUGGAUGAUAUCAACCUACAGAUUGACGCUCAGGAAAAACCAAGGGAUGUUUCCUCAGCUGAUCUGGUUAUUAAAAAUCACCAAGGCAUCAAGGCAGAAGUUGAUGCUCGUGCAGACAGUUUUACUACUUGCAUAAACCUGGGAAACGCUCUCCUAGAGAAGAAUCACUAUGCCUCUGACAAGAUCUCUGAAAAACUGGAACAGCUGCAGGAGAGGAGGCAGGAAAUCGAAAAUAAAUGGAAGGAAAAAAUGGAAUGGCUGCAAAUCGUGCUUGAAGUGCUUAUGUUUGGAAGAGAUGCCAACGUGGCUGAAGCUUGGCUUUCCAGCCAGGAGCCUAUCGUCCGGUCAUCUGAACUUGGUGGCAAUGUAGAUGAAGUAGAAAACUUAAUUAAGAGACAUGAAGCCUUCCAGAAAGCAGUAUCUACUUGGGAUGAAAGAUUUUUUCUUCUAGAAAAACUGACCACGUUGGAGGAGCAUGAGUUGAGAAGGAGGUGGGAGGAAGAGGAGAGAAAAAGACGACCACCAACUCCACCUCCAGCAGAACCAAAACAAGAGGAAAUAAAACAGAACCACCAGCAGUUACAAGGCCUGCAAACGGAACAAGUUUCUGUGAAUGGACUGUAUACAGACUCGGACUCUCCGCAGGUAGUCAGUGGGCUUGAUACGUCAAAUGGAGCUAAGCCAGACUUUAUUUCAAAAAAUGGAAGCCCCCCUCCAUCACCACAGCUAGUGUCCAGAGCAACUUUUUCUCCAAUAAACCUUCAGACGUCCACGUUGCCAAUUAGUAUUCCUGAAUCUUUGGCAUCUGAACAGUUGGAGGGUAUGUUGCAUCGUAAGCAGGAAAUGGAGUCCCAUACAAAGAAAGCUGCGAAUAGGUCCUGGCAGAAUGUCUAUUGUGUUUUGAAGAAGGGUAGUCUGGGAUUCUACAAAGAUGCAAAGAGUGCAGCAAGUGGCAUUCCUUAUCAUGGUGAGGUUCCUGUUCAGCUUAGUGGUGCCCUAUGCAGUGUGGCCCAUGACUACAAGAAACGCAAGAAUGUCUUCAAGCUAAGUUUAGUAGAUGGGAAAGAAUAUCUCUUCCAAGCAAAAGAUGAGGCUGAAAUGAGUAGUUGGAUGCGGGUGAUCAAUGCUUCGCUGCCUUCUUCACCUGGUGACACCUCGGACCGUUCUCCUAGUGCACCCAAGGGUUUAACACGAGCAAUGACUAUGCCACCAGUGUCCCCCAAUAGUGCCACAGAGGGCACGGUAACACUGCGCAACAAGGAAGGAAAAGAGAAAGACAGAGAAAAGCGCUUUAGCUUCUUUAAGAAGAAAUGAAUCAUCUUUUGGCUGUCAGCACAUGUUUCUCUGAUCAGAUCAUCACUGCUUACAAGGCCCUGACAAGCCAACAGCAUAGGACCUUUGAAAAAGGGAGGGGCUUGGGUGGAUGUGUGGGUGAAAAAAUAAUUAAAAUGUCAACUGCAUUUUAUAUAUAAUGAUAUAUUAUGCAUAAUAUGCACCUCCAAUGAUGAACAGACUUAAAUGUGCUCGAACGCAACAUAACUUGUGGCAUCCCAGUCAGCAGCUCCUGUUGCACUGAAAAUAAUUGAGAAAUGGCUUUUUAAUAAGGUAUAUAAGCCGUUCGUGAGGGUAGGUCAUUAUUCCAUCAUUAAAUUUUUUGUCUCAGUGGGGUCUUUCAUUGUCUCUACGCGCAUGUCCAGCCAUGGCCUCUAACAUGACAUCAAGCUUUAGAGAUGCGGUGCACAUUUAGCAGCGUAUAAUGAAGAUGCAAUAAACUGAAAGAACUUAACCAUGUGAUGCCUCUCCCUGACAUGAAGACAAGUGUUCCUUAUUGUCAGAUGGCUUCAUCCUUUUUCACAGGGUAUUUGAGAUGCAUAAUAGUCAUGCAUGAAUGCAAUAUUACUUAUACAAACGCUGACAACUUUGUGUCAGUACUGCAGGUAUUCCUAUGAUUCUU